CGGAGGGGUGCCUGAGGCGCCCUGGGCGGCCGGAGUUGCUGGCGGAGGGGAGCGCGGCAGAAGAAGAAGGAGAAGGAGGCGGCGGCGGAGGUGGAAGGCAGCAGCCCAGCUGGGGAAGCAGCAGCAGCGGAGGCUCCGAGACGAAGUCGCGGCUCAAGCCCAGCGUCCGUCGGUGGGUCAGUCCGUCAGUCAGUCAGUCAGUCGGUCGGUCGGACGGACGGACGGACGGAGCCCCCCCUCCCCACACAACCGGCCAGCGGAGGACCCAACUGCUCGCUCUCCUCCUCCUCCUCGUCCUCCUCCGCCCCAUGGGCUCGGCGCGGCGGCCGUGCGCUUGGGCGAGCCUCCUCUGGGGCUGCCUCUCCGUUGUACUUGCCCAGCAAGUAACGGUCAAACAUGAGGUCACUGGGUACCUGGGGAAGAGAGUGGUUCUGCCCUGCAAUAUUGCGGUAACUGGACCUGAGAUGAAGGUCAGCCAAGUGACUUGGGUGAAGGAAGUCGGAGGCCGGAGGCAGAAUGUAGCCGUCCACCAUCCAACGCACGGACAGAGCUACCCGAUGGAGAAGAACAGCAGGAGGAUCCGUUUCGCCGUAAAUUCCUUGACGGACGCCACGCUGGUCAUCGAGCACCUCCUCAUGUCGGACGAGGGCACCUACUCUUGCGAGUUUGCCACCUAUCCCAACGGCAAUGAAUUGAACACUACUAACCUGAUCGUCUUAGCCAAGCCCACAAGCAGCGCCGAGGCCAUGGAGGUCAAAUCCAGCAACGUGGAGCAGCCCGUGGCCGUGUGCACCUCCGCAAACGGGAAGCCGCCGGCUCGCGUCACCUGGCAGUCGAAGCUGAACGGCAACUCCAGCAUCAAGCAGAUAAACAACUCCGACGGCACCGUCACCGUCAUAAACCGCUACAACCUGAUCCCUACCAAGGAAGCCAACGAGCAGCAGAUCAUCUGCCUCGUGGAACACGUGGCCCUGCCACAAACCGAGUCCUUCCCUGUCCAGCUUUCCAUAUUGUAUGCUCCUGAGGUUGCCAUAGACGGCUACGACGGCAACUGGUAUUUGACCCGCAAUGACGCCACACUCGUUUGCAGCGCGAGGGGGAAUCCCACCCCGAUAGACUUCUCCUGGACCACGUCCAAUGGCCCACUUCCAAAGUCGGUAGAGGUUCAAGGUCAGCGCCUCUUCGUCAAAAAAGUGGAUUACUCUGUGAAUACCACCUUCAUCUGCCAAGCCACCAAUCGCGUGGGACAGGUUUCGACGCAGCAAAUCAUCCUCGUCCGGGAGAAGCCCAAACUGGUUGGUGCAGGCACCACAGGGGGCAUCAUCGGAGGCCUCAUAGCCACCAUCGUGGCCUUGGCGGUGCUGGCCACCGGAAUCCUGAUCUGUCGGCAGCAGCAAAAGAAUCGGAUGGAUCCUGAGGAGGACGAUUUGGAAGGCCCCCCAGCGUACAAGCCGCCCCCUCCUUGCCAACUGUCGGAAGAAACAGAGCCGGUUGCUAACGCCGCUGGGGCUGAAAGUCUCCCAUUCAAAGCGCCUUACUUUGAAUCCAACGCCACGGACAAUCUCUUUGGAGGGGUCGGUACCACCGCCACCACGAAAGAGGAGGUGCCGCGAUACCACGAGCUACCAACGCUGGAGGAACGAGAGACGGCUGGCGAGGCCGGCCCCAGUCUGGAAGAUGAAUAUUUAGACCAGAUCAACCCCAUUUACGACGCCCUCUCCUUUGCGGCCACGGAGGAAGACGAGGCUUUGACAUCCCUGCCCACCGAUAAGGCCUUCGUGAUGUCCAGAGCCAUGUACGUCUAAAUCUACCGGCUAAUCUCAACGGCCACAGUCCCCCUCCAAAAAAGGGGAUGCUGCUAAAAAAGAUAUCCUGUGUUGGUCCGGGAGAGAAGCAGUUUCUUUCUCCAUCAUAUCUUCUUAGGUACCCAUCUCCUGGACCUUCCAGCUUUCACACAUGCCUUAAGUGGGCACGACCGUAUCUUGCUCCGAAGGGUUUUCACUACUUUGUGCCUUCCACUUCAAUCCAGCCAGGAUCAGUAUUUCUUCCAGCCUUCUAGUAGCUUGACAAAUCUGUGCUUUGGACUUCUUGGGACUUUCAGUUGCGGAUCUUUCCUCGAGAGGGCUCCAGGGCAGAGAUCUAGUUGAUCUUCCAAUCCGACCUGUGCUGCUUCUGAACACUACAAGGAUGUUGCCAUCCGGGGAAUGUAGUUGAAUACUGGUGAAUCUGUUUACAGUGAGGUAGAAGCGCUCUCUCUUGAUAUGUACUGUGAGGCUCUGUACCCUGUAAGUGCCUUGCACCUUCACCUCAGUGGGGGUCUCCCAUCUUCCCCAGAUUUUAUCCCCUACCAUGAGGCUCCAGGCAAUCUUGUGAAAAGAUUCACAGCCUAAACUAAUUCUGGACUCCGAUGCUCCGAAUCGCAGGGUUGAGCAAAGCAUCUUUAAAAGCUGCCGUGACAUCACGGACAUCAGGCUUUUUUUGCCCCCCCCCUCCUAAUCUGUGUAAAAGAUGGCUCAGCUUAACUAAGAGUUAAGCCCAGUGGUGGGAUUCAGCCAGUUCACACCACUUCGGGAGAACCGGUUGUUUAACUUUCUGAGCAGUUUGGCAAACUGGUUGUUGGAAGAAUUUAUUAGGGCAGAGAACCGGUUGUUAAAUUACUUGAAUCCCACCACUGGUUAAGACUAACUCUUGAACCCUUCAAAAAACAUUUUUUUAAAAAAAAAAGUCAUAUGAAGAAAGCUUACACCUGAGCCUUUCCAGCAUCAAGCUGACCAUGCAUGGAGAAUUUCCAAAAAAGGGAAACAGAUGCAUUGAGGGAAUUCUGAAAUGAAUCAUGCAGAAAUAGUUUUGUAAGACUGCUUAUUAAUCCUGCCCCUAAUUCUACUGCAUUGCAUGGAGAUGUUGUGUUUGGAGUAAGCUAAAAGCACAAUUAAACUCGGCUAGGGAAAGGCUUACCCUAAAGAUGCAGCUUUGAAAAAAUUUCCUUGGAGGCACCAGCAUAUACACUCCUCAAAUGGUUGGGAAUUAACCAGAUAGCAAGGUUGCCUGCAUAUUGCAGAAAAGUGGCCAAAAAAAAUAAUAAAAAUCACGGGAUUUGUACACUGACACUUGUAAGGCACUGAGUCUGACCUGAAUGCUCCCUCACUGUGGUUCCCAGGGGGAGAGCCUUCCAAAUUUCUAAAUGGAGAGCUUGCUCCAUUUAGUAAAAUUGGGUGUGCCAAACUGUUCCUGCCUUUGUACUUUUUUUUAGCAUUCUGACACAGGCUCCAGUCGUUACUUGAAUUGUGAUUUUUUUACAUCCUCAGAUCUUCCGUUCUGCUCCGUUAAUACUCUAAUCCUUUUGGGCUCCUGACCUGAAAAUGUGAAAGGUUUUUUGUUUGUUUGUUUGUUUUUCCCAAUCGCUGUUCUCGAGUUGGAUGUUUUUAAAACUACAUUUUAAAUAAAUGAAUUUUUAAAAAUGAGUUGAUUUAGCAUUCCGAGGCAAAGCCUUCUUACGCUCUGCCACUGCUGCUGUUUUUUUUUCUAGAAGCGGGUACCAAUUGGCACUGUGGGAUUUUUUAAAUUGUGUUUAUGAUUUUGUUGUCAUAGCUGUUGCUCACCUAUCCUGCUAACAAGACCUGAAUCUCAGGGUCAACGGGAGGGAACAAUUGUCGCACACAAGCACACUAAUGCCUUAUUUUUUUUCCCUGCUUUCUUUUACGUGCCUCAAUCCGAUACCCUUGAGGGGUUGAAUUUCAGCAGGGACACAGAGGGAAAUUUUUAUACUCUGGAUGGAUGUUUGUUAAAAAAAUAAAUAAAUACAAUUUUCCAAAUCUA